ACACACACAGUUAUUAUCUUAAAACGCGCCCUUUGAACGAUUCUCUAGCUAAAUUUCAUGCAUAAGCACCUUAUUCUGUGUCCCUCUCUUUUCUAACAACGAAUCCUCCCCUUGAUAAAAUUUUCAGCUACUCAUUUCUCUGUCUGUGGUAAAAUGGCUUCCGAACUGAUUCACAGAAACCCAUCAACCCCGACACAAUCCCCGCCCGAUUCACCGAAACCCACUUCCUCACUUGGAAGGUCUGCCACCUCACUUAACUACAUCGUCCGUGGGCGGCGACUUGUUUUCAUCGUCGUUGGAAUUGCCAUCUCCGCACUCUUUUUUAGCACUUUUCUUGUAUCUCCGUCACAACCGAGUCAGGACCCUGUUUUGGGAUCUGAAUCUGCUCCAGUGAACCGUCGGAGAAUUCUCUACCAAUCGAAUUCCCAAUUUGUUCGCCGAGAAAAUGCGGUUGGGAGGGUGCCGCUGGGGUUGAAGAGGAAAAGUUUGAGGAUUGUGGUGACCGGCGGGGCUGGGUUCGUGGGGAGCCAUCUGGUGGACAGGCUGAUAGGAGGAGGGGACAGCGUGAUCGUCGUAGAUAACUUCUUUACGGGGAGAAAAGAGAACUUGCUGCAACACUUCGGGAAUCCGAAGUUUGAGCUGAUCCGUCAUGAUGUUGUGGAGCCGAUUCUGUUGGAGGUUGAUCAGAUCUACCACUUGGCUUGCCCUGCUUCCCCUGUUCAUUACAAAUUCAAUCCUGUCAAGACCAUCAUAUCCUUUUAAAUUUCUUACAUUUAAUUCGUCUCAAUGCAACAGCUGAUAUCUAUUACAGUGCUUGAAAUACAUUUU